GCUGCUUGUGCCUUUGAGGUGCCUGUGCCUCACGUGGGAGUGCAGUGAGUUACCUUAAAGGGAAAAUCUUAUGAAACUGCUUCAAGAACUUGUUGUUACAGGUGAUAUCUUAGUGGAAUUUACCAGAAUAGAAAGGAGACUCCUGACCUAGGAUCUGGAACAGAGCUGAAAAAACAUUAAUUCCUCAGGGUGAGAUUGCCUCUGUUCAAAGAAACGGUAACGUACCAGGAAUCCACAAGGUGUUAAAGACCACACCAUUCAUCCAGACUAAGCAAAGCUUUCACCUAAAAGGAAUAAAAAAUAAACAUGGCAGAAUUUACAGGUUACAAGGAAACCUCAAAUCGGCACCUACGAUUCAAAUUGCAGAGUCUUAGUCGCCGCCUUGAUGAACUGGAGGAAGCAGCCAAAAAUCUGCAGAAAGCAGAGGAUGAGCUGCUUGACCUCCAGGACAAAGUGAUCCAGGCAGAAGGCAGCAACUCCAGCAUGCUGGCUGACAUCGAAGCCCUGCGGAAAAGAGUGCUGAAGAUCGAAGGCAAGGAUGAAGAAAUUAGGAAGGCUGAAGAGCUUUGCCGGUUAAUGAAAGAAAAACUUGAAGAGGAAGAGAGCCUCACCCGAGAGCUGAAGUCAGAAAUUGAACACCUUCAGAGGAGAAUGGCAGAGCUGGAAAAGCUGGAAGAGGCCUUCGGUAGGAGCAAGAACGACUGUACGCAGCUGUGUCUUAGCCUCAAUGAAGAAAAGAACUUGACCAAAAAGAUAUCUACAGAAUUAGAAAUACUUAGAGUGAAAGUGAAAGAACUGGAAGCAUCUGAGGACAGGCUGGAUAAAACCGAGCAGAGCUUAACAGGCGAGUUAGAAAAACUGAAAUCCUUAGCGCUGAGCUUUAUCAAUGAAAGAAAACAUUUUAAUGAAAGAGAAAAGCAGAACGAAAAAAUAAUCCAGGAGCUAACACAAAAAUUAGAACAAAACAAUAAACUAAAUAGGGCAGACCAAACUAGAAAUGCAUCCAACUUGCUAGAAAGGUCAUCAAAUAAUCUCCUGGACAGAAAUGAUUUGAGAAUUGAAGAUGACUUAACUUCUGCAUUGCCCUCUAAGGAGACCAGGAGGAAGGGAAGUGUAGAUUACCUUAAACAUGUAGAAAAUGAAACCAGGAAUAAAUCAGAAAACCAAAAGAAUAAAAAUCAGGAAGACAACAAAGUGAAAGAUCUCACCCAAGAAAUUGAUAAACUUAAAGCUCAGAUCAAACGUUUUGAAUCUUUAGAAGAAGAACUUAAAAAAAUGAGAGCCAAAAACAAUGACCUGCAAGAUAGUUAUUUAAGUGAACAGAAUAAAAACAAACUCUUAACGGGUCAGCUAGAAGAAAUAAAAAUGCAGAUAAAGAAACAGAAAGAUUUAGAGAAUGGCGAGGUUGAAAAUGAAGAUACAAGCUUUUCUGGCAGAGGAAAACAUGACAGACCUAAAUACAGAGGUGUCGCAGCUGAUUUGGCAGCUGCCAAGCACAAGCCAAGGGAGCUCUCACCCCAGCAGCGCCGGGAAAGAGCAAGGAACAGAGAUUUCUCUGUCAGUAAUGACAGCUACAGCCAUGGUGGUAAGCAGGUGCCCAGCCCAAGCCUAAUGAACAGAAAAGCAGGAAAAGCAUCUGGUGCAUCUGCACUUUCAGACACUGCUGUGACAGAUACAAAAAGACUGGAAGAGAAAUCCACUUUUUCUUCUGGUCAGAAGGAAGGCUGCAUCACACAAAAUGAGGGGAAGAGAUCAAAAGAGCAGCCCUCUGUCCUCAGCCGAUAUCCUCCUGCUGCACAGGAGCAGAAAUCUUGGAAGUCACCUUCCAAACCUGUUGCUGACACAGGGCCAAGAGCCAAAGCUGAAAAGCCAUCUCAGGUGCUCCGUGGCAACAGCCAAGCCGGUGCUGACGCACGGGAUGAAAAGUCAAGUAAAGGAGAAUCAGCGGCUUCUUUGGCAGAGAAGAUGAAAACAAGCCAGGCAGAAGUCAGUGACAGCUCAGGGGACACGCUGCUUGCCAGGGGUAGUCACGCUUCUUCCAACAGCACAGGUUCGGCGUACAGGUACCACCUCUCCUCCCAUGUGUCGGUGUUGGACUCCGCUGGCUCUAAAGCAGAAGCAGUGAACACUUCUGCUGCAUCACACAAACAGCCCUUGGAGGGGAGGGCUAAAAGAGCAAUAAUCUCCCAGGAAAAAGAAUUUGCAAGCACAUCACUUGAAAGUGCGAAGCUUUCAACACUAGCAAAGCGUUCCCAUCGCUCCAGGAGUCAGGAGGACAUUCUGCAGAUUCUCACAGGUCUUGAUAAAGAAGACGUGGAGCAGUCUUCAACUUCAGCAAUGGAUCAUGUAAACGCUGGCUUAAAAACGGACUCCAAAACCAUCCAGAGUAACCUGGAAAAAGUUAAUUCAGAUGAAGAAUUGGGAAGAAGCAAAAAAGCAAUCAUUCACUCAGAUUCUGAGACAAGAAAGAAAGGUUCCAAGCAGUUCUCCAAUUCCAGGGGAGUUUUUAGAGCGUCGCUUUUUGAAAAUGACAAAAACACUGUAAACGAUGAAGACUCCAGCAAGUGUAUAAAACCGUCAGAUGCCAGCGUUGGAGAAUUUAAAUCCAGGAGGUCAUUCAGCCCAAGAGAAGCUCUGAGAUCAAAAGCUGUCAUUAAACCUGCAAUUGUUGAAAAGGAUACGAAGGCAGUCAUGGGGGGGACUGUUUCUGAGGCAGAGUCAGAAAAACAGAAGUCUGUUUUUAAAAUGGUAACAAAUAAAAUGACAAGCAGCAUCACAAUCUUUCCUUCUGAGCCAACAGCUCCAAGGACUAGUGCAGAUGUAGCAGCAAGGGAAAGGCACGUUACCACCAGCAACAUCAGAGUUGCUCCAAAUGAGCCUUCACCAAUAGCAAGCAAUGUCCCCACACCCUUUGAGAUAUCAAUUAAUAAAAGUGCUCUGAAAUUAUCUGAGAUGGACAGAACUGGCGAGGCAGCACUGAGAAGUAAAGCAGAAACAGUGGUCUCCAGAAGCAGCAUUGUGAUAAAGACUUCUGAACUCACGGAGAGGAACAGUGAGCCGCCUUCAGAGACAAUCAGCUGGAAGAGCCAUGGGUCUUCAGAUGCAGCUUCAUCCGAAACAAAACAUGUCACUGUGAGAAGUUCUUGGAGAACACGGCAAGGCUUACGUUCCCUGGAAGACUCUCAAACCAAAGUGGAGAAAAGUGCAUCUUCCAGCACUACAAACGCUUGUAGGUCCUCAGUGGACCUCUCAGAAAUGGAAGCGAACAGUACAAAACCAAACUCCCUGGAGCAGACCUCAGCGAGGACCAGUGUCACGGCUAAUUCCUGGAGUGCCCCUGAACUGGGGUCCCGAAGGACCAAAAGUAACUUAAGUGCAUCUGAACUGCUAACACGCAGGAGCUGUGCAAGCGAUCCUACAGCAGCUUCUGCUUGGCACCGGACCACGCUACCUGAUGAAAGCAAAGAUUUUGUGCCCAGUUCCAGAAGAAAACAAUACGGCUCUUCUGAGUACCUCUCCCAGGUUGACACAGCAGGGAAAAGGCCAGCCACUAAGAUGGAGCUGCAGGACCCCGAAUCCAACACACACGCUCCACUGGGUCUGCAAGCGGAGGAGCAGAGCGCUUCCCGUGCCUGCUGGACAACAUCUCGGAGAUGAGUUGUAUUCCCUUCUGCUCAAUGGACGUGCUGCACGGUGGAGCAAGAGGCAGGACAGUACCUAGCUCUCGGGCAUCACAAGCUAGCCUGACCGCAGUUUUCUAAUGUGAUUUGCAAGGUACAGGAGCUUUACCAGUGAAUUCUUUUUCUUCAUUGCUCAAGAGGCAGCUGCAGAGACUUUGCUCAGGGGACUCGCACUUCUCAUCUCUGUACCUGCAAUCUUAAUCUCCUUCAUAGGAUGAUAGAUCUGUCUCCACAUGGAAACCUUGACUGCAUAGCCACUCUGAACCAUGGUACUUCUUGUUAAUCACUUGCAUUUAGACAAAAAUCCCAGAAGUAUCCCUGUGACUACGGUCCACCAGCCCAUGACAGCUGUCCCACAUGGCUCUACACAGGGCUCAGUCCUAGGGAGAGUUUGCAGUCUCCUAAUACACCCUUGUUGGCUCGGAUUGUGGUCACCUCACUACCUGUGUUCCCAGCACCGCCUGUGUCUCAGCAGGAGGAGACCAUUCCCCACUGGUUGCUUUACACGUUAAGAGAGAAGGAGAGCAGAAAACGUUGUUUAGAAGCAGUUUCUUCUUUAUUGCUAUCGGUCUCUGCAACAAGCUUUGCCUGACCUACUCAUCACCAGCUGAGAUCUCACGCCAAGUCAUCAUCCGCUGAGCCAAACCAACAGCAGUUCACGCAGCAGUGAAACUUCCCCCUGACUCGGACUGAGGUGCUUUUUUACCUGAAGCUUUAUGUCCAUCACGCUCUGCAGGCAGCACUUCUGCUGCUCGCUCUCAGCAGUUGAGCUCUAAGGGAAAAAGAAAUAAGUGCUUUUCCUCGUAGACAAGCAGAACGUCCUUGUUCCUUCCAAAACCAGGGUGGAGACAGCAGGAUUAGACCCUAAGUUGAGCUCCAGUAUGGCUACAUAGGCAGCCUAGGUCUGUGCCCCUCUUCAGAACCACCCCGUUCACCGUAUGUGGGACCCGAGUAUGGUCAGAGGCUGCUUCAAAUACAGAGGUCUGUUACCCUUUCAGUGCCCACA